AUGGCCACGGCGCCAGUACUCGUGCGCCAUCCAACCCAGUCUCUCCCUCCAGUCGCAUCUUUCGCAUUCGCGGACAUCCUACGUACAGCAGACGGCCCCGAGCUACAGAAAGCAAUAGACGGCAUUGCCGAGAUCGCUGCAAAGAAUCGAAUGAGUCUGGCGGACGAGUACGCAUCACACAUGCCUCCGCUUGGUACGAUUACUGCGACGAAUUCAUCGAUUGUCCGAACGCAGCUGGGAAGACCUGGUAUGCGAAGAGCUCUUACCAGCGUGCCCGAAGCGAGCUCUGGUAGCAGCGAGGAUAGCCACCGCAGCAAGAAGCAGCGAACUGGACUGUUUAGCUUCAAGCGCGAGCAAGCUGUCCAGAGCAAUCCUUUGAGGGUCAUACGUAUUGGAAGCAUGGGCCGGACGAUCUCUGUCGGAAGCACUAUCGCCCUCACUACAGCGCUCCAGGAUGCUCCCGAUACAGUCUUUGAUGCUGCUGGAGUAGACUCUCCGCCGCGGGCUGGGACCACAGCCUCACGGCGACCAAGCGACGCGGCAUCCUCGCUGCAGCGCCUUCUUGGCCAAAAUCAGCAAUUGCAGAAUGGCUGA